UCCUCGCGCCGCAUCGUUCGCGAAGGACCCAUCACGAUUAGCCACAAUAGACUGCAGCUCUGCGUGGGGGGAGCUCGCCGCGGCUAACUCGCUCUUUUAAGCAUGGAUUCCGUUUUUUGGUGACUUUUUAUCAUUUCGAAAACGAGCCGGUUUUCCACGUUUAAAAGAUCUCAGGUGAGCGCCGCCCCCUAAAAAAAAUUAAAAAAAAUAACAGGUCAGCGUGGAUGCUAAAUCACAGGCGAGUCGACGGAUUGUCGGUCCUGUUAAUCCGAGCAUGUUGAAGACGGCGCACUACCCCAGCGUGGACCCCUCGCCCACCAUCAUGCACGGCACCUGGCUCGCCUCUUCCACGAUGGGCUGCGUGCACGCCCCCUCCGCCGUGGCCGUGGAGAAGCCCAAAAAGAACGCGUUCAGCCUGGCUAAAAUCAUGUCUUUGGGCGGCAAGAAGGGCCACGGAGGCAACGCGCACUAUAACAACAACAACAACACGCCCUUCGCCAUCCACUGUCACAUCGGCAAGGAGAUCAAGCACAUUUGCAGCAACUGCAGCCGAGGGACCGGCACGCAGGACGCUGAAGAGGUCGAAAGGCUGGCCGGGAUGCGAGCCGAGUCCUUGGUUUCUCCCCCCAUCCGCUGUCGAAGCAGGCUCGCCACUCUGGGACGCCUCCUCAAGCCCUGGAAAUGGAGGAAGAGUAAGAGCGACAAAUUCAAGCAGACUUCAGCUGCCUUGGAGAGGAAGAUGUCCGUGCGACAGAGUCGAGAUGAACUAAUCAAGAGAGGAGUACUAAAGGAGAUAUUUGAAAAAGCAACUGUUGAGGUACGAUCUUCGGUUGACGGCGGCAUCUGUACUCAGGAGCCCUCACAUAAGUCGUCCAUGACCCGGGGCCCUAAGAAGUCUGUCACCUACUCAAGUGACCUUCAGGAUAAUCAAGCUGUCAAGCCGCCGAUGUACCACAAGCAGCCUCCAGCGCUCCCGCCCAAGCCUUUCUCCCGUAUGCCGAACCAUAGCAUAGAUUCUUGCCAGCCAAUGAAGUUUCCCUGCAUGCCCGGGACGAAGCACUCUCCUCCCCUCCCUCCCAAGAAAGUCAUGAUUUGCAUGCCCUCGGGGGGUCAGGACCGCUCCUCUUCCCCGUCUCCGUCGCCCAACCCCCUCAGCGCUCUCUCCCAGAAGUGCGGCCCCGGCCAGGUCCUGCCGAGCCACCACGGCACCCUGCUGCCCUCACAUCUCGCCGCCUUGUCCGCUCUCCACCAGAACCACGGCCACCCCCUUCAGCUGCAGUACGGCAGCUUGCACGCUCCCAGCCGCAUCAUCGAGGAGCUCAAUAAAGCCCUGGCGCUGUCCAUGCUGAGGUUUGAGAGUUCUGUGUUGCACGGUGGCAGCCAGUGUGCUCCUCUGGACAGAAGAGAGGUGCCGUCCGUGAUCAUCGACUACGAGGACGAUAAGGAGAACAUGCCCAAUGAGUCGGACUAUGAGGAUCUGCCCAGCAUGUAUAAGGACGAGGACGAUGUGGAAGACGAGGACGACGACGAGGACGACGACUCCAUAUUUACAAGCACACUGGCUCAGAAGGUGCUGCGUAAAGACUCUCUGGCCAUCAAGCUGAGCAACCGUCCCUCCAAGAGGGAGCUGGAGGAGAAGAACAUCCUGCCGGUGCAGACGGACGAGGAGAGGCUGGAGUCCAGGCAGCAGAUUGGCACCAAGCUCACCAGACGAUUGAGUCAAAGGCCAACAGCGGAGGAGCUGGAACAGAGGAACAUCCUCAAACCUCGCAACGAGCAGGAGGAAAUCGAGGAGAAGAGGGAGAUAAAGCGUCGGCUAACUCGAAAACUGAGCCAGAGGCCCACUGUGGAGCAGCUGAGACAGGCCAAAAUCCUCAUCCGGUUUAGUGACUAUGUGGAGGUCUCAGAUGCCCAGGACUACGACCGGCGGGCGGAUAAGCCAUGGACCCGGCUCACAGCAGCUGACAAGGCCACUAUACGAAAAGAGCUCAACGAUUUCAAGAGCAAUGAGAUGGAGGUGCACGAGUCCAGUCGUCAUUUAACCAGGUUCCACAGACCAUAGUCGACCAAGCAGGUGUACAACCUUAAGUGCUGGACAGUCAAACGGUGCCCACUUUCUUCAGUAAGGCCAUGUUUUCAGAAAUGCCCCCACCCCAAAUAAAAACACCCACCCACUGUAGUAGCACAUAACGAUGACUCCAGUUGAUCUGCCGUACCUCAUCCUCGCCCCUUUUGUGGAACUAGCUUGACUUCCAAAGUUCUCCAGGCUGAGCUCUCAGGCAGGUGCUCAUUUUUAUUUUGUUUUUUUUUAAGUCUUCAGAGAGUGACGGAACAUUUCCUCAGUGUCAAAGUCCUUCUCAAUGGCAACGUCACUCCCAAGGGAACGCCGUGUCGUGAUCUCAUCCGCCACGGGAUCCAUUUAAAUGUGCAAUAGUUUACGCCACUUCUUUCUCUUUUUUUUUUUACCUCCCCAAUGCUAGAGCGCCCUCUGGAGUUGGAUCCGUGUACCUGACUUCUGUUCUUCCCUAUGUGCAAUUCUCACUGUUGUCAUCCAAUCGCUUACUGUGAAUCAAGAGGGCGUUCCCCCCCCCCACCCCCCCGCUCUCGAAAUGUACAUAUUGUUUAUACGGAACAACUCGGAAGAAUCACUUUCAGCCAAAUGUCCUUCACUUGUGUCAGAAUGAUGUACAUGUAAUGUAAAAACUGCAGCUGACAUGUUUUGUAUGUAUUUUUUUUUUUGAUAGGCUGUUUGAAUGGAGAUGUGAAUUAAUACUAAGACAUGCCUUUUGUGUUAUUUUCUAUCUCCAAUGAUUACAGUAGUAUGGAUCCUCUUAACCUGCAGUUUAUGACAUGUUACCUUUUAAACUCAUAUUCUUUUUAUAAGCAAUAUAGCCCUGGUUUACAAAGAAAGGGAUGCACCUACAGAAUGCUUCAACUCUUUUCUUUCUUUCUUUGCUGUUGUCUCCACUGAGCCAAUCCACUAGUUAUGAAUACUCAUCACAAGUAAAAUAACUUGCACUGUUAAGAAGCCCACUGUCUCUUUUUCCUUCUAGAGUAUUCAAAUACUCAUUUUUACCAAUUUACUUGGAUUAAGAUUAAAAAUGAUCCGUUUCCUCAUCAGCGAUGGCGAGAUAACCUUGAUUAAAAGUUGCAAAAUCAGUCUGAUGCCUCACUGAUGUUAAAAAGUGGGCUAUUUUUAUAUUAUUUUAUUUGUUUUAAUUGAUGUAGUUCAACACGGUAUGAAUUAAUAUAUCAACGCAAUACACAACAGGUGCACGAGGUUUUCCCGUUUUAGCUGGAUUUAAAUAAGGAAAAUGACCUCAGUAACUUUUCGGAACAUUUACAGAUUUCAAAGCGUUUUUGGUUGGUUUUUUUGGGUCACUUUUGGAAUACGGAAUGCCAUGUAAAGGAUACAUAAUGCCAAUUAAACCCCCAUUUCUCAA